GGAGGAGGAGGAGGAGGAAGAGGAGGCCGACCAACAAGAUGGCCCCUGCUGCAGGAGCAGCCUCAGCAGCAGCAGGUGGGAGGCCGGAGGCGGCGCUGGCGGUGGCGGCGGCGGCCGUGGCCCGGCGUCCUGGGACAGAGUCAGAGUCGACGGUGGCGGCGGCGGCUGUGACGGCUGCCGCAGCAGUGGCGACGGCCGCGGGGACUCGGAGCUGAGAGGAGCUGCUGCUCGGACCAGCGCGGUUAUAUUUCACACUAUGUGCUGACUGUAUCUACAGAAGAUAUUUAAAAAAAAAAAAAAACUUUUUUCAAAGAUUUUGAUUCCAGUGGAAUCUUUGCUUUAGAUUAUUGUGUGUGUGUGUGUGUCAGUGGAUUGUAACUCCAGUAACAAUGCCUGUACAAGCUCCACAAUGGACGGAUUUCCUCUCCUGCCCAAUUUGCACUCAGACUUUCGAUGAAACAAUUCGAAAGCCCAUCAGUUUGGGUUGUGGCCAUACUGUCUGCAAGAUGUGCCUGAAUAAACUCCACCGCAAGGCUUGCCCCUUUGACCAGACCACUAUCAAUACAGACAUUGAGCUCCUUCCCGUGAACUCAGCAUUGCUGCAGCUAGUGGGUGCUCAGGUCCCUGAGCAGCAGCCCAUUACUUUGUGUAGUGGGGUUGAAGAUACAAAGCAUUAUGAGGAAGCCAAGAAAUGUGUAGAAGAAUUAGCAUUGUACCUGAAACCACUCAGCAGUGCUAGAGGAGUGGGUCUGAAUAGCACUACUCAGAGUGUUCUGAGUCGCCCAAUGCAGAGGAAGCUGGUGACUCUGGUCCACUGCCAACUAGUGGAAGAAGAAGGCAGGAUUCGUGCUAUGAGAGCAGCUCGAUCUUUAGGUGAACGAACAGUUACAGAGCUCAUUCUUCAGCACCAGAAUCCUCAGCAACUCUCCUCUAAUCUUUGGGCAGCAGUUAGGGCUAGGGGCUGCCAGUUCCUUGGACCAGCAAUGCAGGAGGAAGCUUUAAAGCUGGUUCUCCUGGCCUUGGAAGAUGGUUCUGCUUUGUCAAGAAAAGUAUUGGUUCUCUUUGUGGUGCAAAGGUUGGAGCCGCGGUUUCCUCAGGCCUCUAAAACUAGCAUUGGGCAUGUUGUCCAGCUCCUUUAUAGAGCUUCCUGCUUCAAGGUCACCAAACGUGAUGAAGACUCUUCUUUGAUGCAGCUAAAAGAAGAAUUUAGAACCUACGAAGCUUUGCGGCGAGAACAUGACUCCCAGAUAGUGCAAAUUGCCAUGGAAGCAGGCUUACGAAUUGCACCAGACCAAUGGUCCUCUUUACUUUAUGGAGACCAGUCUCACAAGUCUCAUAUGCAGUCAAUUAUUGACAAGUUGCAGACCCCAGCCUCUUUUGCACAAAGUGUUCAGGAACUAACAAUUGCUCUCCAGCGAACUGGAGAUCCAGCAAAUUUGAACCGACUAAGACCCCAUUUGGAGCUAUUGGCAAACAUUGACCCUAGUCCAGAUGCUCCUCCUCCUACUUGGGAGCAGCUAGAAAAUGGGCUGGUUGCUGUGCGGACUGUGGUACAUGGGCUUGUAGACUAUAUCCAGAACCAUAGCAAAAAGGGAGCAGAUCAACAGCAGCCUCCACAGCAUAGCAAAUAUAAAACAUACAUGUGUCGAGAUAUGAAGCAGAGAGGAGGAUGCCCUCGUGGGGCCAGCUGUACAUUUGCACACUCACAGGAGGAACUGGAGAAGUUUCGUAAAAUGAACAAACGCCUAGUUCCCAGAAGACCCCUGAGUGCCUCUUUGGGUCAGCUUAAUGAGGUGGGCCUGCCUUCAGCAGCUGUCCUUCCAGAUGAAGGUGCAGUGGAUCUGCCUAGCAGAAAAACCCCUGCUCUGCCAAAUGGAAUUGUAUCAGCAGGGAAUACGGUAACACAGCUGAUUCCCCGAGGGACAGACGCCACCUACGAUUCUAGCCUCAAGCCAGGAAAGAUAGAUCAUCUGAGCAGUAGUGCCCCUGGAUCCCCUCCUGACCUGCUAGAAUCUGUCCCUAAGAGUAUUUCUGCCUUACCUGUGAAUCCACAUCCUGUACCUCCAAGGGGGCCGACAGACUUGCCUCCUAUGCCUGUCACCAAACCACUUCAGAUGGUACCACGAGGUUCUCAGUUAUAUCCAGCACAACAGGCAGAUGUUUAUUAUCAGGAUCCUCGAGGAGCUGCGCCACCAUUUGAACCAGCACCUUAUCAGCAGGGUAUGUACUAUACUACACCACCACAGUGUGUAUCUCGCUUUGUCAGACCUCCACCAUCUGCUCCUGAACCUGGUCCUCCCUACUUGGAUCAUUAUCCAGCCUAUCUCCAAGAUCGUGUAGUAAACUCUCAGUAUGGCACACAGCCACAACAAUACCCGCCUGUGUACCCACCACACUAUGAUGGCCGCCGAGUAUACCCCGCUCAGUCUUACACAAGAGAGGAGAUUUUCCGAGAAAGUCCUAUACCCAUUGAGAUUCCACCUACAGCAGUACCAUCCUAUGUACCAGAAUCCAGAGAAAGAUACCAGCAGAUGGAGGGUUACUAUCCAGUGGCUCCUCAUCCAACUCAGAUCAGACCUUCGUACAUGAGAGACCCUCCUUAUAGCCGGCUUCCUCCUCCUCCUCAGCCCCAUCCUAGUCUAGAUGAGCUACAUCGCAGACGAAAGGAAAUAAUGGCCCAGCUAGAGGAAAGGAAGGUUAUCUCUCCACCUCCUUUUGCACCUUCACCAACAUUGCCUCCUACCUUUCAUCAAGAGGAAUUUUUGGAUGAAGACUUGAAGGUAGCUGGGAAAUACAAAGGAAAUGAUUAUAGCCAGUAUUCUCCCUGGUCAUGUGACACCAUCGGCUCCUACAUUGGAACCAAAGAUGCAAAACCCAAAGAUGUGGUGGCUGCAGGGAGUGUGGAAAUGAUGAGCUGUGGAAAUAAUGUUAGAGAUCUAAGUGUGGGGUGGAUUUCUCAUUUUACUUUUUACCAGAAUGUGGAGAGUAAAGGAAUGAGAGAUCAACGACUGGAUCUUCAGAGAAGAGCUGCAGAAACCAGUGAUGAUGACCUUAUCCCAUUUGGAGACCGACCAACUGUAUCACGGUUUGGUGCCAUCUCUAGAACCUCCAAAACAAUAUAUCAGGGUGCUGGUCCAAUGCAGGCUAUGGCACCUCAGGGAGCUCCCACAAAACCUAUUAAUAUUUCAGAUUAUAGUCCAUAUGGAACCCACGGUGGCUGGGGAGGUUCUCCAUAUUCACCUCAUCAAAACAUACCUUCUCAGGGACACUUCAGUGAGAGGGAGAGACUGUCCAUGUCAGAAGUGGCCAGUCAUGGAAAACCCCUUCCAUCUGCUGAGAGGGAACAGCUACGACUGGAAUUGCAACAACUAAACCAUCAGAUCAGCCAACAGACUCAGCUCCGUGGACUAGAGGCUGUUAGUAACAGGCUGGUGUUGCAGAGGGAGGUGAACACCCUGGCAGGCCAGUCACAACCCCCACCACCACCUCCAAAAUGGCCUGGAAUGAUUUCAAGUGAGCAGUUGAGCUUGGAACUGCACCAGGUGGAAAGGGAAAUCGGGAAGAGAACCCGGGAACUGAGUAUGGAGAACCAGUGUUCUCUGGACAUGAAAAGCAAAUUGAAUACAAGUAAGCAAGCCGAAAACGGACAACCAGAACCACAAAAUAAGGUUCCAGCUGAGGACCUUACAUUGACAUUCAGUGAUGUACCAAAUGGCUCAGCGUUGACACAAGAAAAUAUCAGCCUCCUGUCAAACAAGACCAGCUCUCUGAACCUGUCAGAGGACCCCGAGGGAGGAGGUGACAACAAUGACUCCCAGAGAGCGGGAGUCACACCCACUUCUGCUCCCUAAAUUAUGAAGAGUCCAACUUUUAUCUUUUGCUCCUGAUCAAUUUGUGGGGCAUAGGGGUAGGAGAACAGAUAACUUCUAAACUUUUUCUCUGAGAGUGGUCAGAGAAAUCCAGGAAAAGUACCGGAGGCAAUGUGCACAAACACCACUACUAAAAACAAACCCUGCACAUAGUUCACAUUAAUGCAUUUUUUAAUUUAAAAAAAAGGAAAAAGAAAAAGAAAAUUAGCAGUAUCUGCAAGCAAUUCAGAUUAAAUUUGUUUUUGUUCUGUGAAUGAACUUUAUUUUAAUAACUUUGGACGCCUUGGAUCCAGGGCUUUAAAAAAAAAAGAAGAUAUUAUAUAUACACUCUGUUUGAUUAAUUGUAUGAUCUUAAUGAAGUAGGUUUUUCUUGUAUUUUGGUAUUAUUACAUACCCAGUGUAUAAUUCCUUUCCCCCAAUCCUUUCCAACUUUCACAAACCCCAUAAAUUAAAACAGAUAGAAAGCACCACACUGUCUUGAGAAUUCUGUGGUGCUUGAGAAACAAAAAGACAGUAGUAGACUAGUUAUUAGAAAAUGUGCAGCAAACCAGCUUUUCUAAGAGCUAUUACUUGAAAGUCAUAAUUUUCUUUCCCUUUCUGGUAACUGGCUUCAUGUGUAUGUUUUUCAUAUAGCACUAAAACUUUUUGUUGUUCAGGAGGGAUUUGUUUCUUGUUUUUGUUUUUAUUUCAGCUUUUUCAGAGAGAUAAUUACCAAUUAAUUUUUGAAGUCCUCAUUUCCAUAUUAUGGAUCCAUUUCAUUCUCUUAAUGUAAUCAGAAAGCGAGACCAAUACUGUAGGCUGUUUGAUUAGAUAUUUAAAUGGAGAUCAUUUUAAGAAUGAACUGUAAUUUAUUAGUACUGAAAAUACGUGGUUGGUAUAUUACCUGUAUUGAGCUGAUGGUUGGAAAUUUGGAGCUGUGCUUUUUCAAAUUAAACUUGCUAAAAUCAUAAAAUGUAUUAAAAAAAACACAGGAAAAUCAACCAUGUUUUAAAACUGCAACACUUGAAGUGAAAAUGAACAGUCAUAUUAUUUCAGUGGAUGUUUUUGUUUUGUUGUACUGUCAAAACCCAAAAGUAUAAAAUAAAAUGAAAGCCCCUGGCUUUCAAAUAGAUUUGGCAAAUACAGACUGCCCAGAUCUUAAGGAUACUUUAUGAAUUGACUAGUUGUUGUUCAGAAUCAUUGGCACCAGUAGGUAGUAAGUACCUAAAAGUCAGUUUUCAUAGACUUGACUUUACAAUAGUGAAGAGAUGCUUCAUGAAAAUGUUGAAAAGAAUAAGGAAUUUUUUUAAAUUUAUUUCUGCUGCACAUAUUCUGAUGCCAUGUGUCUAUACUGAACUAAGACCUUAUAAAACGUUUUUGUGGGAUUAUUUGAUAUAGUCACCUUCCCAUCCCUCUUUUUGCCUGAUUUUUAAGAAAUUUUCCUUUCUGGAUUAUACUACUAAAACAGAAAGCACUGGUUAUGUAAUAAGUUACUGCAUUGCUUUGGUUGGGUAAAAGCAAGAGUUUGUAUUUUUCUUGUUUCUUAUUUUCUUAACCCUUAACUCCUGCUGAGGUCAUAACAACCUCAGUGUAAGCUCUGUGUCCAUCGUACUGUUAACUGAAACAAAUGGGGGGAGGGGGGAGGGAAAUACAGUCCUGCCAUUGCCUACCAGUAGGAGAGUCCAAACAGAACACUCUUUUGAGUAGCGAUUAUUUAAUUUGCCCAGUCAAGGCACCAUGUUUAUAUACUAUUUCACAUUGAAUUUGAUUAUGCCCUACAGACCUGGCUGGUCAAGGAUUUGAUAUACACAUAUUGGCUUGGGAUUCGAGCUUUCUUUUUUAUUUAAAUAAAAAUUUAUAUAUAUUAUAUAUAUACAUAUAUACAUAGCUAUAUCUGUAUAUAUAUUGGAUAUGUUUUAAGGAUUUUUUCGCAUGAGCGCAGCUGUUGCGAUAAAAUGACUGAUUGGGAGGUAGAAGCACUGAAUGAAGAUGAGGCAUUUUUUCAGUUGAUACCAUAUUUUCCUUUCUUAAAAAUACACACUUGCUUUUUUUGCUUUUUUGUUUGUUUUCUUUUUUCCUUAAAACCCUCUUAUAUGUAAGUGCUUAUUGUUUUUUGGGAGAAGGAGAGAAACUUGGUAUGUCUGACAGAGUCCCAAGAUUUUUUAUUUUUUUGUAUAACUAUAAAAGGCAACAUUCUUGGCCUCCAACCUUCUGUAGGCAGAUUUGGGCAGAUCUUAUUUCUCCUUUGGACAUAUUAGAUAAUUCCUAAAUUUUAGAAGCAGUUGGUUCAAUUUGGAACUCAGAAUGAUUCUGGUAUUAGAAGGGAAUUUAUGGGUAUUUUGUUGAAGUUCAGAAUAAAAGUAAAAUUCUAUUUUGGAUAUCCAUUGAAACAUCUAAUAAGUCAACUUCUGUUAUUCUUGUUUUUAUAUCCUCCAGAUACACUCCUUGCUUUCACCAUUUUGAUUUUGUAAGCUAGGCAGGAAUAGUUGUUAACUCAUAUAGUAUUCCUAUUCUGAAUAAAACCAGAAAAACCACUGUUUUGAAUUGACUUAAAAUAAUCCCUUUCACUUUUUAAGUUAAUUUCAUCGGGGAUCGGGGUGGGGACAGAUCUCUUACAUUGUAGCCUUAAUUCUAGCUGUACCUCAGUAAGGCCCCACACACUCUAGAGGAACUCUGGUUGGGUAGAAAGGCAGAAGAAUGAUAUCCUAUCCCAUUGUGCCUAUAACUUACCUAUUUUAAAUUAGUCAUUCUGCCUUAUCUCAUGGAAAUUCUUAUAACUUUCCUAGUAGACAUAAGCAGUUUUAGGAAUUAAAACCUCCAAAGUUUGGAUUUUUUUCCCCCCUUUUCUCUGUGAUACACUUUGUGAAAUGAUGAAACAAUAAGGGUAAGUGACCUUUUUGGGCAAAACUGCUUGACUUUUUUUUUUUUAACUGCUUGACUAUUCAGCAGCUUUUUUUGGUCAAAACCUGUGAAAGGCAUUGAUUUUUUUUUUUUUUGGCUUUUAAAAUGUAUGCCUUUAGAGACUUAACAGUUAAGAGAUGAAAUCAGUCAGAUAGGAAAUAACAGUUUUUAUGCUUUCUACUUAGUAAGUAAAAUACUAAUUUCUUCUGGAGAUGACUUUAUUUGCUUUUCACUGAAUUCAGAAGCAAGACUGACAUCACAGAUGAACAUGAGCAAUUCUGAGAGGGUUAAGGUAGGAGUAUAAUAAGCAUUAUGUUCACUCUUGUUUAGAUAACAAAACCAGAAUCUUAUUAUAGUUAGGAAUAUAAAAGUACUUUGACUUACUUUUUCCAAGGUAUCUCUGGAAAGGAGUAGAAGAACUGAGAAUAAGAUAUCUACACGCAGUUUCCUAACAUACAUGGUUCUUUUGCCUUAUAGAUACUGUCACAAGAUAAGUCCAAUAGCUGUCCUGUCUUGGGUGAUUUACAGAAGCUAAAGUGACCAAAGAUCCAUUCCUUUUUACUUUUGUAAUCAAAAGAACAGUUAGUUAUAGCAUAGGUUUCUAGUAAUAGUAUUCACGUGAUAAGACACUUAUUUCUAAUGCCAGCUACAAAUAUCCAAAUACUCAGAAUAUAUAAAAAAUUAUUUGGUAUUGCAUUAAUGUGGCUGAUUCCCUUCUCUCAUCUUAUUUCCCUUCCCUUCUCCUAGACUUUCCUGUGUAUUUAUUCUUUUGCCUAAAAGACAUAAAGUUGGUAUGAUUCUUAUUUGUUACCAUGAAUAUGUAACUCCAUCAGACUUUCCAUAGGUCUUCAGGGUUAAAGCUCAAAGUUUUUUUUCCUGGCCCUUUUCUAUCUUGCAAAUUCCCCUUGACUUACCUACUGCCCUCCCCAAUCUGCAACAGUGACAGUUUGCUGCCUCAAAACAGAGCAUUCAAAUGAAUUCGCUUAGCCAAUAACUUCUGUGAAGUUGCCUUUUCUAAUGGUGUUAUUACUCAGUGAUGCACAAAUGUGGUAUUUGCCCUACUGGUAGGCAAACAAAGGUCUGGUUAAGAAUGGUAACCUGCUGUUUUCUUUAAAGGAGAGCCAAAGACUUGUGCUUUACUCUGUUUUGGUUUUGGGGGAAAUAGCCAUUUUGAUUGUGAAACCUUUUAGUAUUUGUGAGUUGAUUGUAUUGUGUAAGUAGAUUUAUCUGAGGUUAACUGUUAACAGUAGCUGGCCUUAUAAAAUGUAAAAGUAAUGAAAAUUCACCAGUUUCUCUAAACCAGUGAAUGUCAUCUUUUACAACAUUGUGUGUAAGCAGUACCCCCGUUUUUUAAGAUUAUCUUGUCAAUGAUAGCAUCUUGUGUGUUUUGGUUUUUAACUUGUGUCGGAAGGACAAUCUAUAUCACUAUGGUCAAGCUAUGAGACUGGGUAAAAGAAUUCAUGAGCAUGUGACUGGUGAGAAAUAAACUAUAGUCACUGCAUGUAAGAUUAUAUUCAGAUUUGGAGAAAAACAGAUUCUUUUCACUAAAAAGUAUUUGAUUGCUUUUAAAUACACAUGGUGAUGGGUGGAGGUCUUACCAUCUUUUUUCCACUUUGUUUUUGCUCAUUUUAAAGAAUUGAGUAAAGGUUUUGUAAUAUAAAAUCUACCUGUAAAAAGCACCUGUAAUGAUACAUAUUUUAUUAAAAGGAAAGACCCAGUUACUUUUGAGGAAAAAUUAAUAACCUGCCUGGAAAUUAACUGCAGCGUUUACUUAGAUUUGUCCCCUAAAAGAGCCUGAUUGUGUUUAUUUUUUAGUUGGUGAUACCUGGUGAUAGUGUUGCAAGAUGAUCUCUUCCCUGAAAAAUCAGCCUGUCCUUUUAGAAAAAAAAUAGAGCAAUUAAACUAAAGCAGAUUUCACUUUCAACAUUAGGGACUGAACAAGCAAACAGUUUACUGCUGUCAUCAUUUUACUCAUUUUGCUGGUCCUCAUUCAUACCUUUCUACCUUGGACAGCUAUGACUUUUAUAUUUAUUUGUUGCUUCAGCUCAGCUUUAUGAAAUUUUCCUGCUGAAAGGACUUAUUGGGAGUUGUAGGUGGAUUGCAGUUAAUAUUUUAUUAAAUUCUUAAUUCAACUUUUCUGAGCCAUUUGAAAAAGAAAGCUGUUUUUGUGAAAAGGUACUGUUAAUUAUAGUAAAUACCAACUUAAGAUUUGGUUUUUAAGGUUUUAUUGCUUUGACUGGUAAAGAUGUUUUCAUAUAUAACAGAUUCUAAUUGAAAAGUAAUACUACUAUGAUGUUAAUAAAUAAUAGGACACUGCCACCACCAGGAAAAAGUAACACCUUUUAAUAAUAAAUGUGUUCCCAAUAGGUGGGUUUUCAAUACUGCACUGAACAAAGUGGGAAGAGCCCUUUGAAAUCCUAUUGUGAUAAAGGGACUUAACCUCACCACUGGAAUCCUUGUUUUCAGAGCCUCUGAAUUUUCAGCCAAACACUGAAUUUACUUUAAAUUUUAUUCCUGAACAGAACAUCCCUAGAGUAAUAACCUUUAUUUUCACAAGAAAAUAAGGCACAAUAACCCAAGAGAGAGAAGUUAAGCCUCAAGAUAAUAUUGUGUCCAAAAGUGUGUAUUUAGGAAAGUCAAAUCCUGUGGAAUUAGUAUAUUAUAUACUAGAUAAGGUGACUUAUUUUCUUGUACUGAGGUCUCUCUGUUUCUGGUUGUUUUUGUUUUGUUUUGUUUUGUUGUUUUUAACUCUUGAGUAGACAGAGCUCACAAGUCUUUGGCAUCCAUUUUAGGUUGUACACUCAGAGUCAUCUUGUAACUGGAAACUGUCAGACAGCCCCUACCCCCCACCCCAGCCAGUGCAUAAAAGGGUCAAGAAAAGGAUAGAAAGAAACUACUGGAUAAUUGGUUGCCUGCUUGUUGUUGGGUUUUGGUUUGGGGGUGUGGGGGUGGGUUGCCUGUUUUUUUUUUUUUAAUCACCAUUUAUAGUGUAAUCAUUGAUUGGCUGCCAUUCUUACCAUAAUAUCUAAACAACCCUGUAAAAUAUUCCUCUGAUUUAAAGGUAUUUUAAGCUUUUGUUUAUCAUUUUUACAUCCUCUGUUCAACGAAGGCACUGUCCUGAGAGCUACUUUUUCCAGGUGUAUUGUUGCCCACAUUUUCAUUACCACACCCCACAUCCCAGCCCCCUUCAUCCUUUCUCUUCUCACCUCCUGGAAAUGAAAGGAACUUGAGGGGGAUUUUUUUUUUUCCCAUUUUAUUCACUGAUCCAGAGGCCUUGUUGUCUUACUUUAUGAUGUUACUAUAACUUUUUGGAACAAGAGCAAUGGAAAAAGUGAAUUAAGAUGAUGAACAAAAUCUUUUACCCACUGAAGCAUUUUCCAGUUGUGAGAUUCCUCUUUGUGUGUGGUCUCUUCCCUUGUUACCCCUGCUACCCUUUUCCCCUGACUAUGGUCAAUUUGGUCUUUAGGCUUAUACCAGUCUCCCCGAGACAUUCUGCAGUCAUUAUCACCUUUUUGGGUGGAUUUUAUUUUGUUUUAUUUUGGGUUUUUUUGUUUUUUGUUUUUUUUAAAAAAACUUUUUAACAUUGAUGCAUAUUUGCUUGGGAUAGAGCUUGUGUAAUUUACCAAUCGUAUUGAUUGUAUGUGAUUGUGCCCUGCAGAGGUAUAUUUAACAAGACAAAAAUAAUUUAGGUUAAUAAAGGAGCCCAUGAGAUUUGAGUCAGGUUAUAAAUUACUUCAUGAAAUCACUUAGUUUUGGAUAGUGAGAAUUUAUAUCUCCUAUUCUUACAAAUCAGUGCUAGAUAAAAUACCAUUUUUAAAAAGUUCUCUUGCAUUCCUAUUUUUUUCCUUGCCUCAGCUCCCUGUUUUUUCUUGCCUGUCUCCACCCACCUGUUCAGAAAUAAAAAUAUUGAGUCUUAAAUGACAGCUGAUUUUUAAAUUGCUAAAGUUUGUGAAAUUAUACUUUUUCCAAGUGUUUUCAACUUUUUUUUUUGAAUGAAGACAAAUGGGUUGAAAUUUCACAAACUGUGAAUAAUUCUUUAGAUUCUGGCAAACUGUGAAAUCUUAUUUGAAGACUUUAUCUCUUGAAAGUUCUUUUGGAAUAGGAAAAAGAACCCUGUUUGAAAUGGACCAUUUUCUUCUUUUUUUAAUGUGUUUGUAUAUCCAAUUUUUAAACAGCCUUCAAAACAAGUGAGGUGGAAAUAAAGAGUAAUAGGAAGAUGUUUAGGGCAGCAGAAUUCUGGGUCUGAAUAAGUACAUGUUAUACUUGUCAGGUUUUUAAAAGGAUUAACGCCAUCUUUUUCAAUUUUGUAUUAUUUGUGUGCAUGUUGUUUAUAUCAAAGAUGCCACAUUUUGUUAAAAUCCUAUUUCCUUUCUUUAUUACCUUGGAAACUGACUCAGCCUCAUGUUGCUCCUAACUAGUGUUUAAAGCUCCCAAGAGUUGCAGAUAAAAGGGUUAUUUUAACAAGUAGAAGGAGGUGAUUCACCUUUUGGUUUGUAAAUAUCUGGUCUUUAUCUGCUUUCUGUCAGCAUUUAUAUUAAAUGAUAAAUUAAUGAGGAGAAA